AUGCCAUUGCUUAGUAAAAAUAUUCCUGAACUUUACCAAUUCAAUCCUAAACGAUUGAUCGUUUUUCUCCUUUUCGCUUUCGCUCUCGUAGCUUCCUGGCGUUUAUGCGGCUCACAAUGUUGUACAUUCAAACAUGAUCAUUCUCUCCAAAUCUCCAUGUGGAAUCGUCUCGAUCUCUCCGCAUUUCGAUUUUUCAAUCGAUGGUUACUUACACGAGAACACCAUACGUUCAUCGCACGGGUUUUCGUCGCACUAAAUUCAGCAGUCAUUGGCGAACUCAUCACCAACAUCACCUUGAUUCUAGUCACUUGUGUCAUUUUUUCAUCGAACAGCGUUCUCCCAAACCGACCACGUUCGUUCAAAAUAUCAGUUUUAUUAGCCAUGAUUAUUUAUGGAAUGUUGGGACAAAUGUUACUGUCGAAAUUAUCCAGAGAUUAUUUAUGUCCCAAACGACCAUCGCCAUCUGUUGUAUUUCGUUUUUCAACGGUUAACCCAGAAAAACAAGCGAUCUCGUCAACAUCGGAAACAUUCAGUAUUAAUCGAUUAUUCGAAGAAGCGAAAAAACGUGAUCUUGUCAAAGAAAUUGCUCAUGACAGUUGGCCCGGUGAGCACGCAGCAGUGAACCUCAUUUGGUCCUUAUUUUUAUCAAGUAUUAUAAAUAGGUCCUCAAGCGCACUGCCCCGAAUUAAACGACUCUCAAUGCACAGCACUGUAUGGCUCGUGAGUCUACUUUUUUCCAUCGCACGCUUAGUUAGUGGUGCACACUGGUUUUCUGAUUGUUUUGCUGGUGGACUGAGCGAAGCUUUGGUCAUUGUCGCUCUUGGUAUUUAUACACCGAUAUUUCAGUUAUGUGUCAAACUUAUUCAUUCGUUAAUCGAUCGUUCGCAGUCGAACGGGAAGAAACUCUUGUAA